AGCUCGCUCUUCUGCCAAACGGCGACGGCAAUUCAAGUAAAACCCUUGUCCGCAGCUGUUUUUUCUGCGUCGUUGUCGAUUCACCGUCGCUCUUUUUCUGCCUCCUGCAGCUGCCUCGUCCGGUUGCGCAAGAGCAAGCAUCCGGCCGCCAUGUCUCCGUCUCCACCCCUGGCGAUCGGCCAUCCCAGCUUCUACCUCACGGAGCCGGGACUCAGCCUACCCACUGUUCCCAGCCAAGACCGGGCCGCCGCCGAGACAUCGGAGGUUGCUCCGGAGUCGUCGGCUCCGUUGGCUGGGGCUCCGUUGGCUGGGGCUCCGUUGGCUGGGGACGCAACAACAACAAAACCUGCGUCACUGGAAGAACAUCAUCCACUUACAGCCAAGCCGGAAAAGAAACGCCGGCGUCCCGCCCUCUCAUGCGAGCAAUGUCGCCGUCGCAAGAUCCGCUGUGAUCGCGGCCUACCCUGUGUCAACUGCAUCAAGUCCAAGAUCUCUCCGUGUACCUAUGCUCCAACUCAUAUUCCCGCAUCCCGGACCAGAAAGAAUCUCAACCAUGCCCAAGACGUUGAUGCCGUCUCGGCAUCGUCCCAUGUCCCGGCCAGGUCGGCUCCUGUAUUUGAAAUACAGAAGCCGCUCCCCGUGCACAACCCUGGCCCAAAGGCACUCUCAUCGAGCGUUCCUAGCUCCACAAUGGGAUCUUCCUCGGACACGUCAACAGUGGAUGCUUUGGCUGCUAGGGUGCGUGAGCUAGAGCAGAAACUCGCCGACUCUUUCUUCAUCUCUCGCAAGACAGAGGAUAAACUAGAACACAAUGAGGAACAAGAGGAGGCUCAUGCACCCAUGAAAGGAACCAUAUCCAAGACUCGCUUCUUCGGACAAAGCCAUUGGAUGAACGGCGUAGACAUGUUCCCAUCUAUCCUCGGCGCCUUAAGACACGCCGAAGCGCUGAAAAUAGGACCGCACCGCAUGUUCGUCAAGUGCAAGACCUUGGCACGCACCAUCAAGGAGAACCGGAUCAGGCCCAUCACCUCAGCUCACCUGGGCAAGGCGAUCCCCAUGAGGGACCUCGCCGACCAGUUGGUUGACGCCUACUUCCGCACCUUCGAGGGCGCCAUCCGCAUCCUCCAUGUCCCGACCUUCCGCGCCGAGUACGAGCGGUAUUGGCAGAACCCCAGUGCCGCCAACGACGUCUUCGUCAUGCAGAUGCAGCUGUGUAUGGCCCUCGGCGCGACGGUCCACGACGAUCUCUUCUCGCUCCGCGCUACGGCCAUGCAGUGGGUUCACGAGGCCCAGCUGUGGCUGCUAUUGCCCCCUGAGAAGAGCAGGAUGACAAUUGCAGGCAUACAGAUCAUGUGUAUGCUGGCCAUCGCCAAGGCCACUUGCGCUAUCGGCCAGGACUUGACCUGGGUCACUACGGGUGGGCUGGUCCGCCAGGCCAUGUACAUGGGACUACACCGCGAUCCCAAACAUCUGGCCGACAUGUCCGUCUACCGCGCUGAGAUGCGCCGGCGACUGUGGGCAACAAUCCUCGAGCUGAACCUCCAGUCCUCAUACGAUGCCGGCGGUCCGCCACUGCUCUCAUCCAACCACUAUGAUACUCGACUACCCGCAAACCUCAACGACGAUCAGCUCACCGACGAGUCAGAACGGAACAAAGCGCCGGGCAGCAAUCCCGAUACCCUCACCGACAUGUCCGUUCAACUAGCCCUUCACAAGUCUCAGCCCCUACGACUUGGCAUUAUCAAACACGUCAACGAGCUUCGGUCCAAGGAGUCGUAUCACGAAACUCUACGGCUCAACUCGGAACUCACCAAGGCCUGCCGAAGCCUGACAGAGGCUCUAGCUACCCUCACUUACGCCCAGAAACGAAUAUCUCGGUCUAUCAUCACGCAGUUCCACUGCUGUCUAGUCCAACUACUCAUUUACCGCUGUUUCCUCUCGUUACAUCAGCCCAUACUGAGGAGGGCAGCCGAGGAUCCCACCAUGUACUACUCCCGCAAGGUGUCUCUCGACUCCUCGCUCAAAAUCGCCCAGAUCUGCAAUCUCUCCCAUCCGCGGUACCCCUCGGCACCUCCGGGCGCCAUGGACUCGAUGACGGCAUUUGACCGCCUCAUUACCAACGGCGCGGGACUCUUCCGCGUGAUUCCCGUGCAGACGCUCUUCUCCGUCGCGAUGGAACUCAUCAAGAAAAAGGAGGAGGAACGAGACUCCCUUGGCAAUAUUCCUUCCAUGGGCAGCAGCGAGUUGCGCCGUGUGCUCGAUGCCGCGCUCGUGUGGGCGCAGCGCCGGAUCCGGUCGGGCGAGACCAAUAUCAAGGGGUACUGCUUCACCGCGGCGUGCAUUGCGCUUGCGGAUAGUAUCGAAAAGGGCCUGUCUCAAGAUCAAGUUGACCGGGCCGUCGUCGACACGGGCGAGAGUAUCAGCGUCAAGAGCUGGGAGCUGUUGAAAGAGGUGGCCGAGCGGGAAGGGGCCAAGAUGAAUGAAGAUGGUUCACCGGCUGGGAUGGACCAGGCCGUUGAGACGAUGGAAGGCAUCGUCGAGAUGCCGUUUGACUGGAUGGGUGAUUUCAACUGGGAUUCGAUGAGUGAUUUUUCUUGGGGACGGCAGGUCCCGCGGCCUUUUGGGGAUUUUGACUCUGUAGAUCCUUCGGUGGUGUCACAGUUCUGAUGGUUGAGAUGAUAUCCUGUAUAAAAGUGUUUGUUCGCCGGCGUUAAAUAACCAUAGACGGAGAUGGUUCGGCUUGUCACAAUUGAUUCAGAGGCUGGAUCUUGUAUCCCGACAAUCCACUCAGCGGAAAAUAGCCUAUUUUCUCUCUGGAAAUACAACUCAAC